GAGCUGAGCCAAGAAACACUUGGGACUUGUGAUAUGGGGGGAAGUUAAGGGCUAUCUCGUUAACUACUGUUUGUUGCAUUGAAAGUCCCAGAAACACAACAGUCCAGAAGUCUCAGCAACAGAACUAGGUCUUUCGAAAGACCUACCAUUUGUGGAAGAGCAGCAAAGCUUCUUGUUGCGACAGUCGUCCGCCAUUUUGCAUUUUGAAUGCUUGAAAGCAUUGUAAAAUGGCGAAAAAGACUUACGAUCUGUUAUUCAAAUUGCUACUGAUCGGCGACUCUGGUGUUGGAAAGACAUGUCUUUUGUUUAGGUUUUCAGACGAUGCUUUCAACACGACAUUUAUUUCCACGAUAGGUAUUGAUUUCAAGAUCAAGACUGUAGAAUUAGGUGGAAAGAAAAUUAAACUUCAAAUAUGGGAUACUGCAGGCCAGGAGAGAUUCCACACCAUUACCACUUCCUACUACAGAGGGGCCAUGGGCAUCAUGCUGGUCUAUGAUAUCACAAAUGCCAAGACAUUUGACAAUAUAUCCAAGUGGCUGAGGAAUAUAGAUGAGCAUGCAAAUGAAGAUGUUGAAAAAAUGAUCCUGGGAAAUAAGUGUGACAUGGAAGACAAGAGGCAGGUGUCAAAGGAGAGGGGAGAUGCUAUUGCCAGAGAACAUAGUAUUCCUUUUUUGGAAACUAGUGCAAAAGCUAACAUCAAUGUAGAAAAAGCAUUCAUGGACCUAGCACGGGCAAUAUUGAAUAAGACUCCAGGGCGUGACUCCGAGCCUAAAGGUGUGGACAUGCACAAAGACAGCGAGAGUAAGAGGUGCUGUUAGACUGUACAUAUGGAGCGCUUAUCACCCCUGGCACGUCGUCUAUACAAUCUAGUUGUCUAUAGUGAGAAGACUCCAGUGUGGACGAAUGUGUACCACACUGGCAGGGACCCUUUUACCGUUCAGCUGUAAAUGGCGACUGUAUAUUGGUAUUUUUACCACAUGCUCUCGGCAUCAAGGCUUUUGGAGGGUAUGACCCUUGACCCAAUUGAAGGAAAUCGGCUGGCACAGGGUCAGCAUUGUGAUUGUAAAGCUGAUUUGUCUUGUUUAAAGUUAAACAUUUUUUUG